AUGUUGGUGAUAUUAUUGAAGUUACUAAUGUUAUUGAAUACAUGUAAAACCUGUGAAAUUACUACGAAAAUGUUCAAAUCUUAUACAAAAGAUAAACUUUUAUCGGGGUAUUACCAGACAACUACGGCUGCUGACCAACUAUCAUGUACAAGUUCUUGUUUUUUCAAUGAAAGAUGUGUUGGAUUGGCUUAUCAUGAAUUGCGAAAAAUGUGUUACUUAUAUGACAAAAUUCAAGUUUGUUAUAAUUCUUCAGUUGAUGUUGGUGUAAAUACGUUUUUUCUAGAAGACAUAUUUAUAAAAAAUAUUGCAUUGAAUAAACCCAGUUAUAGUAGCAGUACGUAUGAAAUAUACUUGUCUUGUUGUGCUGUUGAUGGUAUCCUUACAACUAUGGCCCAUACUCAGAAUUCUGAACUAGAAUGGUGGUGUGUUGAUCUGGAGCAAGUAUUCAAUUUACAAUACAUCGAGAUACAUAACGUUUAUUCAGUAGGUCAUCCUGGUUAG